UUAUUCUUUAUCCAUCAAAAAAAUUCCAACAAUACUUCUAUUUCUAAUAAUUGAUCAGAAAAAAAAAUGAGUUUGAAAGGAAAGUUGAUUUCAGAAACAGAAUUAAAAGGUUGUAAGGAUUUGUUUCAUGAAAUGUUUUGUCACAAACCACACCAUCUUCCAAAUGUUGCACCACAAACUAUUCAAGCUGUCGAUUUACAUGAAGGAGAUUGGGGUACUGUUGGCUCCGUUGUCAACUGGAAUUAUAUUCUAGAGGGGCAGGAGAAGGUUGUAAAGGUGGUGGUUGAUGAGAUAAACAAGGAAAAAAGGUUAGUGACAUUCAAGGCAUUUGAAGGUCAUUUGAUAGAAGAAUACAAGACCUUCAAAGCAACUGUUCAUAUUGAAAAUGAAGGAGAAAACAGCUUGGUUAUAUGGACAAUAGACUAUGAGAAGCAGAAUGAAGACGUUCAAGAACCCUUACGUUAUUUGCAAUUAGCCAUUAAUCUCACCAAAGAUGUCGACGCCCACCAUGUCAACAAUUAGUGUUGUUCAAGACUCUUCAAAUAGUAAUAUCAGAUUCUUCAAUAGUUGUGUAAGAAAUUCAACACGAGUGCAUCAUGUUUAUGAAUAAUUAGAGUUCGAACAAUAUAGGUGGUUGAGAGAAAAUUAAUUAUUUUGGUGUGAAUAAGGGAUUUCCAUGUGCUCAAUGAAAGUGGUGCUUUCUAAGUGGUUGUGCUUGUUGAUGUUUGUGUUUCUCAUAAAGAUGUAAUUUGCUUUGUUGUGUUUUCAUGAAAUAAAUUGUACUUUUAUUUCUUGAAGAAUGAAUUUUAUUUGUUUGAUUUGA